UUCAUGAAGAUAAGAACGCGGCUUCGAGUACUCAAAGGUUUUAAAGAAUCAGGCGCCCAGAAACAGCAACACAUGUCCAAGCAUUCAUCGUCCAAGCAUUCAUCUGCCAUCAUUGCUCUGGAUUCGGGUCAGCUGAGCCGACACCUUCUUCGGCCUUUAAAACCCUGCUCAUGGCCUCCUUCCUGGCCCUGUCCGUUCCCCUCAUCCAGCGCCCCUCAUCUCCCCUCCUCCACCAUCUUCUUCCUCACGGGGCAGUGGUGCGUCAGCCUGCUCAACGGGGACGCAGGAGGGUGCGAAGGCAAGGUCCACGGGGUACGCCGCCUAUUCACACGGGUGGGGGCCCUGGAGAGCAGCGGCGAGGCACGACACACGCCGGCCUGCUCAGCACGAGACGCAGGAGGGUGUGGCGACGAGGUCCACAGGCCGCGGGGCCGCGGGCGUGAUUUGCGCGAUAGGGGGCAGCGUAGCCAUUGUUGGACCAUUGUGCGAGUGGGCAACAACCACACUCCGCCUCGGCCCUGCUUGCAGUAAUUGUUGUUCACCUCCUGCACUCCUCUGCCCGACCACUUCAACCCAGGAAGUUUCCCUGGUUUGACUCUCUCCCUUCCUCUACAAAAGGUUGUUUGAUGAUUUGCCUAGGUACUCCUAUCUGCCUGCACACAAGGUGUUUGAUGAUUUGCCUCUUUGAAGAUUUGCUUUGCAGAAGAUACAACUGAACUUGGUUUUCCUGUUCAAGUAGGUAGGGUGAGUUCAAGGUUUCCUUUGUUUUCUAUUCUCGUGGUUAUUUUUUGAUUGGCUAAGGUGUUAAUCAGUUUUUGUUUUAGAUAAUUAUGUAGAUAAUGGUGACAAAAUACAAAUCAGAUAUAAGAUUGUUCCUAUGCAUAGAAAUGUAAGAGGCGGCUCUGAAUUUUUUUUGCUCCCUGUUCCUGUUAGGUGUUCUAAGAACAGUUCAACUUUUAGUUUCUCUUCAUAUGUUUUCAAAGGGGCAUUAGAGUUAGUUAUUUUAUUAUUUUAUAAAAUGCAUGCUAUUUUAUUCUUGUAUUUAGCAUGUCGAUUGACAGUUUGCCAUGAUCUUCUUGUUGUCGAUCCUUUGAUACCUGGAGUAGUUUUAUAUAGUAAUCUUGUAGAGUAGAAAUGCUUAUCUAUGCUCACUAUUCGUUAGUAAAUCUCAAUUAUUCUAAGUGAUCUUCGGAUCGAUGAUAUCAUUAUUGAAAUUUGUUGAGCUUGAUAAGCUAGGAGUAGGCCAUUUUCUUGGAACGUUCUACUCUCUCGACCUACUCUGCGUGAAACUUAUCAUACAACUGGUGCGGGUGGAAACUGGAUCAUUGGUUGAAGGAGCAAUUGCUAGCCUGUGUGGGAGCAAUUAGCCGCCCAUAGAGGAUGAGUCCUAAUAAGUCUUGAAUCUGAAGAUUGUGACAACAGUGCGACCACAUGCUAUAUUGGCUCUGGCUUGGUCAAGUAAACUAGUCAGCCUUAGGUGCCGAUGACGCCGUACCGCAAAUGGGGUGUCGCCUGAGAUAGGGAACCCUUGACACAUAUGGGGGACCAGAGAUGGGGACGUACUCUCAUUCCGUGCGCCAGACCCGGUGGGCUCGUCACAUCAUUGGCGGAGGUAGCUAAAAGACCUUGUCACGAUCUACCUGCCGGUACACUGAUGUGCAUGUAUCGCACUAGCAACGACUAGUGGCAACAAGGUGAGAUCGUAUCAUGUGGAUACAUUAUACAACCUCUAACCUCUGCAGGGGGUAAAACUAUUCGAAUAGCCGUGUCCGCGGUCAUGGACGACACAUGAAUCUUUCUUGACAUACGAGGCAUGUCUUCUUUCCCUUCCUUCCUCUCUAAUUUCUUGCUAGAACUAAAAAUUUGGGUGAGCAGUUGAGGACCAUCACAUUGUUGGAUAAUGCUUACGAGUGGUUGUUGGUUAAUGCUUAUGAGAUAAACUUGUUUUCAUCAAAACCUGCUUUCAUCAAAAGUAUGGUUGUAUUUCAAAUAAAAUCACCUUUAUUCAAAAGAAUCACAUAACCUUCCUUUGUAGCCACAUGUAGUUAUCGAGGUUCUCAGAGGAGGCACGCUGAGUACGUAAUGUACUCAUCGCAUUGCUUUUGUUGUUGAUGUACAGAGUUCCUGAAGAUAAGGAUGCCGCUAUGACUACUAGGAGGUUUUAACGAAUGAGGUCACGUGGACUACAUCGACUGCCUGUGGCUGAGAUGGAAUCGCUAUGCAUUUACUCUCCGUUGUUUUCUGAUUGUAACAAUGACACGAGACAUUGUACUUUAUUGAUCCCUGGACUGAUGAUACGUGGGGGUUUGGAAGUUAUUUUCGCUUCCCGCACUUCCGCUGGCGCUUUUUUUAUAGGGGUAGUUUCCCGUCGAUCGGCAACUUGGCUGGGUUGGUGGGCUGGCGCAGAGCUGGGCUGGCGGGGGAGGAGCUGGGCUCGCUGGCGGGCGGGGGUACCUCGAUGGGUGCCGCAGCCACUGCGAGGGUUUUUCGGAGUGGAUUCUUUCUUCUCAUAAAUCACAGCCUACAAACCCCAGAAGCCAAACCCCAAAAGAGAAACCUAUCCCCUCAGGAAAAAAGAAAACUCCCGAACCCUAGCGACCACCAAGCCCGUCUUCCUAGAGCGCUCGCAGCACCAUGUCGGCAUCCACUAGCGGCGGCGGGGCGCUCUCGCCCCAGGCGGCGGCGGCCCUCCAGGAGGGUAUCAGGCUAGUCUUCGGGCGGUGGACGGCGUUGCAGAUGGCAGUGGAGAACCAGUCGGGCGGCCGCGACUCCCGCGCCAAGGCAGACCAGUUCGCCGCAUCCAUCCUCUCCUGGUUCUCCAACUCUAAGGGUCCAUUUUAUUUUGAUGACUUGGCGAAUAUGAUGGAUAACACAAUAUCUGAAUCCUUCAGGGCUGACUUUUUUUAUGAUAGUGUUGAGGAGGAGGUUGCUGAGAAAUUAUUGAUUAUGCAUGAAGAAUGCCUACAGAGCAACUAUUCAUCGAUUGAGAUGCUAAGGAAUGCACAAUGUUCAAGGAAAUGCAGUUUGACAAAGUAGUCAGGCACUUUCUGGUUGCAAAUUUAUUUUUUAGCAAGUGAUUUAAGUUUUUUCCUGCCAUGUAAUUUGUACUGCUUCUCUCUUCACAUGCCAUCGAACUUCUGCUGGAACAUAGUAGUAUCAAAGAUGUUCUCUCAUAAUUCACUUCCAAAAUGCUUUUGAUAAUUUGAUCUAUUGAUUCUUGAAGAGGUAUGUCUGAUAUGAUUGUAUUGUUGCUUUUUCGGGGAUAAUUGGAGAUUGCUAGCAUCAGUGUUAUUUUC